GUUAAUUUUAAUAAUUUUAUUGAAAAAAAAAAAAAAAACAAAACUGGAGGUUUCAAUUGUGCGUUACUUUAAAUGUUGCUAAUAUCAAAAAGUAAAGACGAAUGCGAAAGUAAAGUAAAAGAAUGUAUAUAACCAAUUAAAAGAAGGCUGAAUCGAAAGAGUAAAGAGAAAACUAAAUUUAACAUUGUUUUUAAAUUUCGUCACUAUUUGUAUAAAUAAAAGUGAAAAAGCAUUUAUUUCAAUAAAUUAUGGAGUUUUCUACCGAUCCCUAUGAAUUGAAAUUAUACCAAAUGUUUCAAAGUUGCGAUACCAAACAUUGCGGCUACUUAGAUGAGGAAUCGUUGCGUCGUUUAUGUGGUCUAUUAGAAUUACACGAUAAAGGAGCAGUGCUUAUCGAAAAUUUGGCAUCUGAAGAUAAGGCAUCGCAUGUGACUUUUGAUAAUUUCAAGGAAGCUUUACUUAAUUUUUUGGGCACCGAACUAGAUAGCAAUCAUGAAAAUGAAGAUUCCUUGCAUAGCGACAAACAGAUGGCAUGCAGUUAUCUUGACAAUAUUAAUCAAAAAGAGAAAAAGAAUAACGAACAUUCCCUUGUUAUAGCCGAUGUUACGGAACCUUUUGUGAAUAGCGAAGCGGAGAUAUCAGAUCGUGAAGUUUCACCUAAAUUAGUUGUAGGCUCGAAAAAAUAUGGUCGCCGUUCGAGGCCUCCAAUACAUCGUAAUAUUGAAAACAUAACUGCUUCCGAUACAGACGAUGAUUCUAAUGAUGAUAAAAGUAUCACUGCGCAUCGUACUUGUUACAGUAAUAUUCAAGUGCAGCGAUCUUCCUCACAGACUGAUAUACCAGGAAUACGCAAGCAUUUAACUGCCAUUAGUUCGGAGAGUAAACUGAAACGAUGUGCCUCUCUUCCCGCUCAGAAAAAUCUCCAAAAUAGAGCCAAAGUAACCGGUACCGCAUCGAAAAUGAACAAAAAUACCCAAACUUCUGCGAUGGAGAAACAACAGCAUCUUACUAGCAGUGCCGAAUCUUUAGGUUUGCAAACUCUUUCAUCUGCCAUGCACGCUGUUUGGAAUACAUUUGAAUGGGAGUUGAACUUCAACCACCUAAAAUAUGGAAAUUUGGCUAAAGAGACUCCUGCUCUUAUGGAGACUUUACCCGUUCAGAGCGUUUUGAAUUUAUGGGAACGUGCCCAAAUACCCAACGGUCGAAGUAUGCUUUUAGCUUUGGGUUUCGAUGACAACGAGAUAAAUUUAGCUCAACUUGGAAAAGUUAUGGAAGAUGAAAUGCGAAUUUUGGAUGAAGAACCUCAAAUUACUUUAAUGAAAGCUUCUUUGGUGCUGCAAACAGUUGAACUCAAUUCGCUUAGGCAAACGGCUCGUCAACUUUAUGAUGAAAAUACAAAAUUGCGUACAGACAACAAAGAUGCAAACAAACGUAUAGCUAUCUUUACGGCGGAAAUUGAUGAAAGACACGCUUCCUUGGAAGAGGCAACCAAAAAAGAGAUACGUUUACUGGAACAAAAAAAUGGGGCCGUAGUCAGAGAUUUAACAUCACGUAUGGCAGCGGAUCGUGAGAAUUGGUCCAAUUUGAAUAGUCGUCUAGAGGCGCGUAUCAAGUUAUUUGAGCAGAACGAAAUUAAGUUAAAAACCGAACUGGAAUUAGUCCAUAAAGAGAAUGAAGAUUUUGAGGGGGAGCAUCAGAUAAUGCAAAAGCAGUUAGCCGAAUUGUUGGAAAAGAAUAUUAAUUUAAAUCGCGAACUUAGCGAUUUAGAAGAAAAAACACACAAAGGUAACCGACAGCCAAAUUCCGAGAAAAUCGCAAAUGAUGAAGAACUUUUGCGACUCGUUGAAAAAGUAACGAAUCUUCAGAUAGAAAAUACUAAUUUACGGGAUAAAAAUGAUGAACUCUUAGUCGAAGUGGAAGCAUUAAAUUUGGAACUGAAUAAACUAAAAUCAAAAUGUAAAAAAUCAUCAGCCGUUGAAGAAAUAAGUAGUGAAGAAAAUGAGAUGAGUUCGUUGAAUACGGCGACAAAGAGACGUGGCGAUUCUCCAACGAAAACUAGACUUAUUGAAGAGAGUCCCCGUUUACGCAAGUUACGCAAGUGCACGAACGAUAUUAAUUUAAGUAAUACCUGCAGCGAGAACAGCGACACAAGUGGCGAAUGGAUGGCUUUGAAUUCAGAACUUCAUCAUUCUCAAAGCAAAUUUACCACGGAACAAGAGGAGGUGGAAAGUCUCAAGAAAAUAAUCGCAGAGUUAGAGGAAUUAUUAAAGCAAGCACAAGAAUUGUCCAGUCAACAAUCGAACUCGUCGUUAACGCUGCCACCUGAAGAGCGUUGCCGUGAAUUAGAAACCAGUUUAGAGCAAAUGCAACGAGCUUAUGAAGACUGCGAAGACUAUUGGCAGGCCAAGUUGGGCGAUGAGAGAGCUCUUUUCGAAAAGGAACGUCAAAUAUACGAAGAAGAACAGCAAGAAAGCGAUAAAAAGUUUACAGAGUUAAUGGAGAAAGUACGCGAAUAUGAAGAACAAUUUAGUAAAGAUGGUCGCCUAUCGCCCAUCGAAGAGAAAUGUCAACUGGAGCAACAAUAUGCCGAUUUGGAAAUUGAAAUGGAAUCGUUAAAAGAAAAUAAUUGCAAAAUGCUGGAAGAAAAAUCGAAGGAAAUUGAGACUUUACAACAUGAAAUAGAAGAUUUACGUCUUCGGCUGGGCGAAAGUGAAGAAAUACUUACAGGAGCGUCGGAGUUAAAUGCUGAAGCUAUAAAUAACAAAAGUAAUUUUACGAAGACUACUAGUCCAGCCAGUUCGCCAAUAAGUUAUUUAUGGCAUCAGAGUACCAUACAAGAACCUUCGAAAACCUUCCAUACUUUAGAAAAAACAAUGCCAGCUAUCAUAUCAAUGUCAGUAAUAAAUAAUGAUCAGCUUAUACGAAACACUGUCCUCACUACAUCUGAAACAACGAUUUUUAGUACACCACCUACUGUUAGUAACGCCUCACAAUCGCCCACUGAAAAACUGAAUAAUGAUUCAAAAACUCAAUCAGUACAAUCGGAAGCUGGUGAUGUGGCCGAUUGUGAAACAUCUUCCUCAUCAGCGUCGGUUAAAAGUUUCGAAACACACAGUGUACAUUUGACAAAUAAUGAACAACAACAACAUAGUAUUACACAUGAACAAAUCAAUAUUAGAAAUAAUAGCAGCACAAAGCAUAAUAAUAGUUCAUCUAGUCCCAGCCCAAACAGCAUAAAAGAGGAAUUGAAACGUUUAAAAUACUUUGAAUUAUCAUUGCGCGAGCAAAUCAAGGAUUUAUCCCUACAACGCGAUGGUUUGGUUAUGGAAUUGCAACAACUGCAAGAAGCUAAGCCAGUGUUAGAGAAAGCCUAUGCGCGAACCGCUCAUCCGUCACUGAUACAAAGAGUCAAUCAGUUAGAGCUGAAAAAUCGUCAUUUGCAAAACGUUAUCAAACAACAGCAACAGUACACUGAAUCGCUAAUGCAACAAUCAUGGCGUCAACAUCAAAUUGAACUGAACGAUUUACAUGGCCGUUUAGAGGCGCAAGGAGCUUUAAUAGCUGAACAAGUGCAGCGUUUACAAAACGCUGAUUUACUCGUUAAAGAUUUGUAUGUGGAAAAUUCACAUUUAACUGCUACUGUACAGAGACUCGAGCAACAACGAUAUCGUGUCAAUUUUAUGCAGCAACAACAAUCCGCACAACGGCCCAGUUGCUCAGGUUUACCAGGAAUGCCUUAAGUAUAUUAAAAAAAAAAAAAAAAAAAAAAAAAAA